AUGGCACGACCACAACAAAGGUUCCGAGGCGUGAGACAGAGGCAUUGGGGCUCUUGGGUCUCCGAAAUUCGCCACCCUCUCUUGAAAACAAGAAUUUGGCUAGGGACCUUUGAGACGGCCGAGGACGCGGCAAAAGCUUACGACGAAGCGGCAAGGCUAAUGUGCGGGCCGAGAGCUCGUACUAACUUCCCAUACAACCCUAACGCUAUACCUUCUUCCUCUUCGAAGCUCCUCUCUGCCACACUCACCGCUAAGCUCCACAAAUGCUACAUGGCUUCUCUUCAGCUGACUAAACAAACGCAGGCACAAACUCAAACGCAGACCACCGCGAGAUUACGGUCACCGGCUGACACCGACUGCGACAUCAGUGUGAGGGUCGAAAGAAAUGAUCAGUUUAAGAGUGGAGGAGUAACGGAGACGACGGAGAUCAAGUGGGAAGAAGAUGUAAACAAUAAUAUGCAACAGAGUUUCAGGCCAUUGGAGGAAGAUCAUAUCGAACAAAUGAUCGAGGAGUUACUUCACUACGGUUCCAUUGAGCUUUGCUCUGUUUUACCUACUCAGACGCUGUGA